ACUUCCUGUUUAGAGGUGGUGGCGUCAUCAUGGUUGGUCAUUUUAUGGUUUAGUUUUCUUUCCCUCGUUCCUGAUAUUCAUGGGGAAACGACACUGGAACCGUGUGUGAAUUUUUAAUUGCAGCUGAAAGUGAAACGGUUGGCUGUAUAUUCUCUCCUGAGGUGUGCGCGGGCUGGGCGUUUAAAAGGAGGACGAGACUGAGUUGUCGAGCUCCGGUAGUUAGAGCGAUCGGGCCUCGGGAGUUCGGCUGUUUCAUCUGCUGUAUCGAUUACGAAGAACGACCGACUCCCGGAAAUCAGCUGCGGUGAUGGCGUCUGAAAGCGCCCUGAAGAAAAUGCUGUCAAAGUACAAAUACAGAGACUUGACGGUUCGUGAAGUCAACAAUGUAAUCUCAAAUUACAAGGACUUGAAGCCUAGUAUGGAUGCUUAUGUGUUUAAUGACGGAACCUCAAGAGAACUGAUGAGCCUGACUGGAACAGUUCCAGUAUCAUAUAAAGGAAACACAUAUAAUAUUCCUGUCUGCUUAUGGCUACUGGACACCUACCCUUACAAUCCUCCUAUAUGUUUUGUGAAGCCAACCAGCACAAUGAUGAUUAAGACAGGGAAGCAUGUCGAUGCAAAUGGAAAAAUCUACCUGCCUUACCUGCAUGAGUGGAAACAUCCCGAGUCGGAUCUGUAUGGACUGAUCCAGGUGAUGAUUGUUGUGUUUGGAGAGGAACCCCCUGUGUUUUCACGUCCCGUUGCAGCGACAUUCCCAGCCUAUCAGGCUACUGGUCCACCAAACACCUCUUACAUGCCUGGUGGCAUUCAGCCUCCUUACCCAACUGGUCACCCACCAAACCCCAGCGGCUACCCGGGGUAUCCGUAUCCUGGUGUAAAUUCCUAUCCAGCAGCUGGUAGUACGCCACACUACAAUGCUCAGCCACCUGUCACGGCAGUUGCUUCUGCCACCUGA